AUGACGGACACGCUCAUAGAGCAGGCCACGAAAAUGGGCCUAGAAGGGCCGAGUAUCCUCGAGUAUGUCGAAAAACAACAGGCCAUUGAGAGGGACGAGAGGGCAAGGGAAAGAGAUGCUCAGAGGAAGCAUGAGUUGGAGCUAGAGGCCCUAAAGCUGAAACAAGCUGAAAUUAAAGCGGUACAAAAGCAAAAUGCGGAGGAGGUCAAGGCGAAGACGCCAAGAUUACCAAGCUUCACAGAAGGCGAAGGAAUAGACGAGUACCUCUUGAGGUUUGAGAGAUUUGCACGUGCUAACCACUGGGCGGAAAACACGUGGGCGUCCCUACUGAGCGCCCUACUCACAGGGAGGGCACUGGAAGUUUAUAGCAGGCUAUCGGAUGAUGAUGCAAAAGAUUACAAGAAAGUGAAGGAUGCCAUUCUUAAGAGAUAUGAACUUACGGAAGACGGGUUCAAGAAGAAGUUCAGGUCUGAAGUUCCUCAGGAGGGGGAAGGGCCGGACCAGUACAUUGUACGUCUUAGGGGUUACCUGAACAGGUGGAUCGAGCUGUCUGAUACCCCCAAGACAUAUGAAGGAAUUUGUGACUUGAUCAUCCAGGAACAAUUCCUGGAUCUGUGCCCUGUGGAUUUGUCAGUCCACCUGCGGGAGAGGAAACCGAAGUCUCUGGAGGAGUUAGGGAAGAUGAGCGGGCAGUACCUGAUUGCACAUGGCCGUGGUCUGUUUGAAGGGGCACGCCCGCGCAACCCACCCCGAACAGACCAGGUGUUGUCUGGUACAGCCAAUGUGCGGGUUGUCACAACAUCAGCAACCUCCAGGCGGCGGUGUGACAGGUGUAUCCAGAAUGAGGCAGAGUGGUGUGGGCACUGCUUCCGCUGCGGCGGAAGCAACCAUAUUGCCAGACGGUGCUGGAAACAGGGAAACGCCGCGAGGACACCCCCAAGGGACGAGGGGUCGUCCUAA